CAAAUAUUUGGGUUGGCACGCUUUUCUAAUAUAAAGAUCAAGUCGCCCUUCAAGACUACCAUGGGGCACCUUGGUCUUUAUUUAAACACUAGAAGUACUAGUCGGUCACCUGAAUGUUUUGCUAAUAAUCUUUAAUCAAGGCGACGUCUUUCCGUCACACGACGUAGGCACCUGCUCAACUUUGCAUGCGGCGCGUACUAGAUCGCCCCUUGUAAUGCGAUGAGAAUUUCUCCAGCAUUUCUCCAUUACGUUAAUACGUUCACGACCACUACUCUGGUACUCUUCGAUUUUGUCCUCAGGGCAUGUAUAAAAUCGGUCCGAAACCUGGCCAUCUGCCAGCGUUUUCUCUGUCGCACUUUGCGGUUUCCACCCACUGGUAAGGCAUGGUGCUCGCAAGCUUACUUUCGCUCGUCCUCAGCGUGAUCGUGAGCCAGACCACCCCGGUCGCCGCACUAGGAUCAGCAUGUGGUGUGCCUCUCACUACUGGAAACGCAGCGUGGGGAGAGCCUUACUGGCUCGAGAACAUCCAGCAUCGGGGUAUAGCACCGUUUGCACCCAAUGCAACGAAAUACCAGGUCUUCCGGAACGUGAAGGAAUACGGGGCUGUCGGUGACGGUGUGCAUGAUGAUACUGCUGCUAUCAAUGCUGCAAUCUCCACCGGUACAAGAUGCGGUAACGGGACUUGCGGAUCAUCAACAACUACUCCAGCAGUGGUCUACUUCCCGGCAGGAUCCUACCUCGUGUCUUCUCCACUUCAGGCAUAUUACUACACAGUCAUGGUGGGCGACGCAAGAACACCCCCGACGUUGCUUGCCAGUGCUAACUUCACAGGAAUAGCUGUAAUCGAUGCCGACCCGUACGGUGCUAACCAGGCAAACUGGUAUACUAACCAGGACAGCUUCUUCCGGUCAGCGCGUAACUUCGUCAUCGACGUCACACGAAUGCCUGCCAAUGUCACGGCCACUGGUAUCCAUUGGCAGGUCUCACAGUCAACGUCACUGGUCAACGUGGUGGUCAACAUGUCUACCAAACCUGGAAAUAAUCACCAGGGCCUAUAUAUGGAGGAUGGAAGUGGUGGCUUUAUGGGAGAUAUCGUAUUCAAUGGCGGAAAGUAUGGUAUCUGGGUUGGAAACCAACAAUUUACGGUACGCAACCUCACCGUCAACGGUGCAGACACAGCUGUGUUCGGAUCCUGGAACUGGGGAUGGACCUACCAACAUGUUAUAAUCAAUGACUGCCAAAUUGGGUUUGAUCUAUCGAAUGGUGGGAGUGGAGGAGAAGCGAUCAUUGACGCAGUCGUCACAAACACACCGGUCUUCCUCAAGACGCCAAAUCACACAAAUGUCUCCGUUGCAGGAUCCAUCGUAUUGAAUAACAUCCAUCUCAACAACGUUUCCGUGGCUGUUAUGGAAAGCAACGCUACUAUUCUUGCUGGUGGAACAAAGAUCAUUGAGUCGUGGGGCAAGGGCAACGUUUAUACAGGAACACACCCGAACGGGACGUUCACACAGGGCAACAUACAAGCCGCGUAUAAGGACCCAAGCCUUUUGGACCAUAAUGGCUUCAUUGUCAGCAAAGGACACCCUAUGUAUGCUGACUAUUCAGUCGACCAGUUCAAGAGCGUUAAGUCAAUGGGAGCCGUUGGAGAUGGGGUGACGGACGACACCGAAGCUAUUAAAUCUGUACUCGCAAAGUACGCUGGAUGCUACAUCAUAUAUUUCGAUGCUGGCAUCUACAAGGUUACCUCGACUAUACAGGUUCCGGCAGGAACACGAAUUGUAGGAGAAGCUUGGACCCAGAUUAUGGGUGCCGGCUCUUAUUUCAAUAAUCAAGAAGACCCGAACGUUGUUGUGCAAGUCGGCACUCCGGGCUCGCAGGGCGUUACGGAAAUAACAGAUAUCGUAUUCACGACGCAAGGACCAACUGCGGGCGCCAUCGUCGUGGAGUGGAACGUCCGCGAUCCCUUUGGUCAACAAGGAGCUGCAGGAAUGUGGGAUUCGCACAUCCGGCUCGGCGGAGCCAAUGGGACCCACCUUCAAGACGGGGAGUGCCCUUCAGGAACCUAUAGUACCGAAUGUUUUGCAGCUUUCCUUGGUUUACAUAUAACCUAUGGUGCAACAGCUUACCUUGAGGGAACAUGGGUUUGGCUGGCAGAUCACGAUCUCGACGGCUUUGACCAGCUAACCCUGUUCAGUGGAAGAGGCAUUCUGUCACACUCUCAGGGUCCUGUCUGGAUGAUUGGUACAUCGGAACAUCAUGUGCUCUACCAGUUUAGUUUGGUCGGAGCAAAGAACCACUACAUGGGUCUGAUCCAGACUGAGACGCCUUACUUUCAACCUGAUCCUGCACCGCCGGGGCCAUUCAGUAUCUCUAGCGUUUACGAUGAUCCAACGUUUGAAAAUGGCAUGAAUAUGGCUUGGGGGCUCUCGGUGCAAUCAUCUAUCGAUAUCAUCGUGUUCGGUGCUGGCCACUACAGCUUUUUCCAGAACUUCAGCACGGCGUGCUUGGGCACCACUGCAUGUCAAACACAGAUGGUCAACGUCGACUGGACCUCUUCCGUCAGCAUCUACAAUCUGGCAACUGUGGGGACAACAUACCAGCUUAGCAUAGAAGGCGACGGGAUUAUCUAUUUCGCCAACAACAGUGAAGGCUUUUCGUCCACUGUGACACUAUGGAGCCCUGCGCGGGCUAUCUACCCAUAGAAAUUACUCGUAUACCCUUUGAUUUAUUCUUUAAUAUGCAAUUGAGCCAAAAGCACACGCUGAUCACGUGAUCGCGUCAUCCUAGAAGAUUCGAAUCUUGACUAGUCUGACUUUGUGUUCGUCGUC